UUCUCUGUGACAUAUACUGUUUUCUGGGAACAGUUAAGAGACACAGUAACUAUAAAAACAAGAACCUUCACAGAAGAAGAUAUUGCUACCUGUUUAGGUACUUAUCAUGGCUAACCUGACAACAAACUACACCAAUGUAACCCCUUCUGUGGCUACAGAAAAUUCACUAUGGGGUAAAAUAAUGGACUUCUAUUCCGACAAUAACAAUAUGGCUAUGUAUCUGGUCCUGCCAUUAAUUGUCAUUGUGUAUGGUGGAUGUAGUUUGAUAUUCUGUAUUCACAAAUGUAUGCAGUAUUGCAAAAAGACGAAGAGAAAGAAGGACAAGAAAGCUUUACUCCAAGGAAACCGAAAAAAUAGCAUUGUGACUGAGCGCUUGGUUGGAAACCGACCGAGAUCUUUGGCUAGCAUUCACCCGGAAAUCAAUCAAACAAACGAACAAAAACGCGAAACAACCCCAUUGCCAUGGCAAAUUCCUGAUGAAUCUGAAACAGAGCAGAAGAAAACGGAAGUAGCUCCGCUAAAAGGAAACACAAGUUCACAUAAAGUCACGCGGACACACACUGGCAAAACACCUCCUCCGCCCUACAAAGAGGUGGACGACACAAUUUAUCUGAGUGGUCCUCAACAUCCGGGGUACCCAAGUUCCGGUCACACUUAUCACACAAAGAAGCAAGAAUAUUCUCCAUUGGAACUCACCAAACAAUUAUUACGGAUUGGAGAGGACGACAAGAACAUAAUCAAAGGAAGAAAGAAAAGGCUGGUGUUUACUACAGACUAACAUGUAUUGCGUCCAGUGCUUCAGAAGUCCAAAAUGUGAUAUGUAUAUAUAUAACCCCUGAAAUUCUAUUUUUGAUGAACAAACACAAUUUAUUUCAACACCGAAAUGACUUUUAAUCCAACACUUUCUUCUAUUUUUUAAAUAAUCGUUUUUCAUAGCAUUAAUAGAUUUUCUUAAAGGUGACAUUGUCUCACUUGUUGCGUUUUAAAUCGGGCACCCGUUAUCUUUAAAAUGACGAGGAAUAGAACUUUUCCUAGUGAGUAAAUUUUAGAAUAGUAUAAAUCAUUAUAUAAUUAUAAUAUUUCGAUGAAAUGUUUAUGGAUUUUAAAGAAAAAAAAUGAAAAAUAUUCAUAUAACAUAAGAACAUUGCAUGAGAUAAUUGUUGAAGAGUAAGGCAGUUUGUUCUAUACAUUUUUAUCAUUUGAAUUCUGAAUCUAUAAUUUUUAUGUUUGUAAAUAUAUAGAGUUUGUAAAUGUCAUUCAGAAAAUGCAUAGAAAUUGUCGCUCUUCGUCCUAUUACUUUUGAAGAAAUUUAAGAUUAACACAUUUUCCUAUGUAAAAAUAUUUAUUUUGUUGAUGUGUGAAAUUUCUUUUAAUCCAAUGGAACUCAUGUUACAUUAUUUAAAAAUCAACGUUUUUGUCAACGUUUAAGUUCAAAACAUAACGUCAUGACAAUUUCUCAAAAAUACACCGUCUGUUUAUAUCACAGACAGUUUGUGGCACCUUACCCAUUUAUUAAACAAGUGUAUCUAACCACUUUAUACUUAGUUUGUUAACAACUGAUUGAAUAUCAAGAUAAUUCGACAGUGUCUUCAUUUUUAUAAACAGCGUAACUCAGCUUUCACGUCAGAUUGACCGGUCGACAGUGUUGCUAACUCCUCCAUGGCAUCUGAUUCCAUCUCUGAUGUUUUUAGAGGUCCAAGUUUGCUCUGCUCCAAAGUAUUGUUGCAGUAUUGUUUCAGUGAAGUUUGAGCUUCAUAUUUCAUUUCACUAGUUUGCAACUGUGAAGCGCACAUUCGGGACAAUAGAUAAUAUCAUAAUUCGGCAUAUGAAAUGAAGAAACCCAUUCUAAACUUGAGUGUUUGAUCUUUAUUAUUUUGUUUAUAUACAUUUUAUAGUAUAUAGUGAUUACAUUACUAAUUUUUGACGUGCUCUGAUACAUCUUUUUGCAUUUAAUUAUUUAAAAAAUUUUAAAAUUCAAAUCAUGAUAAAUAAUUUUUUU